AUGGCGCUCACCAGACUGCUGUACCUCGAACAAUCUAUCGAGAAGGGGCUCAACAUGCCGGCAGCGAUGGACACAGACCUCCUGCCCCGCGCCUCUGAUGAGCAGAAGCAGGCACAGCGGGGCGCCACGGCCCUGGUGGCGGGCGUGAUGCGCCAGCGCCGGCUCCUGGACCGCACCCUGGACGCGUGGCUCGACCCGGGCGUGGACCCCCAGCUGCGCUGCCUGCUGCGCCUGGCGGUGCACGAGGCGGAGCGCGGGGCCCUCCCCGACCACGCCCUGACCCACACCUACGUGGAGCUGACAAAGGGCAUCCUGCACGUCGGCGCCGGGCGCCUCGUCAACGCAAGCACGACCCGUCUGCCGCGCAGCGCUUUGUCGCCCCCGCCAUUAUCGGCUUCUUCCCAAACCCACAUCCGCGCCAUCCAGCGCCACUACGCGGCCAAGGCCGCCGCCGUGCACGCCGCGGCGCAGCGCCACCUCGCCGGCCUUGCCGACUGGGAGCAGCCGCGGGCGGGCAUGUUCCUCUGGAUCACGCUGCGCGGCAUCCCCGACUCGGCCCGCAUCUGGGAGGCCAUGCGCGAGGCCAAGGUCGUGGCGGUGCCGGGGGGCGCGUUGAACGUCAGGGCGGGAACGCCAGGGUUCGCAUCCCCCGCCAUGCGCAUCUCCUUCUCCUACAACACGCCGGAGCAGGUGGAGGAGGGCCUGCGCCGCCUGGCGGCCGUCAUCCGCUCCGAGAUGGGGGGCGCGCCGGCCUGA